CUCCAACCUCUCCGGAUUCUUUUGACACAUAUAUAUUUGAAGCUUCUUUUUCACACAUUCCUACAUUACAGGCAAAGCCGCGUUUCUCUCUCUCUCUCUGUUUUUUCCUCUGUAACUUCCCUCUUCUUCUUCCCUCUGCUUCUCUCUGUUUUGUGCCUUUUCGGCUGUAGAUCUAAGCGCCGAAAAGCUUGAAAGCAGUGAAAAAUGAGAGGUUUCGCUUUCUUCCAUAGAGUUUCUAGAGCUUUCCAUGACUAUCCUUCGAUUCCCAAAGUGCUCGUCGUCGUCGCCGUCAGUGGUUGCGGCCUUUUGGCUUACGCUGAGGCAAACCCUGAGCGAAAACUGGUCAGCAGCGCGCCUGUCCUGACUUCAGCUGAAGUGGACAAUAAGAAAAAGAAGGUUGUGGUACUUGGAACUGGCUGGGCUGGAACAAGUUUCUUAAGGAAUCUGAAAAAUCCCGAUUAUGAGGUUCAUGUCAUAUCACCUCGGAAUUACUUUGCCUUCACCCCUCUGCUACCAAGUGUUACCUGUGGUACAGUGGAAGCUCGCAGCAUUGUUGAACCAAUUCGAAACAUUGCUAGAAAGAAAACUGUAGAUGUUCAAUUCAGUGAAGCUGCAUGUCUCAAGAUCGAUGCAGUAAACCAGAAAAUCUAUUGUCGAUCUAAUGUAGAAAACAAUUUGAAUGGACAAGAAGAGUUCGUUGUGGAUUAUGACUACCUUAUAGUAGCUGUGGGAGCCAAUGUUAAUACAUUCAAUACUCCUGGUGUCGUUGAGAACUGCCAUUUCUUGAAGGAAGUAGAAGAUGCUCAAAAGAUCCGAAGAACUGUUAUUGACUGCUUCGAAAGGGCAAGCCUUCCAGCUGUUAGCGAUGAGGAAAAGAAGAGAAUUCUUCAUUUUGCCAUUGUUGGUGGUGGCCCAACUGGUGUGGAGUUUGCUGCAGCACUUCAUGAUUUCGUCAACGAGGAUUUAGUCAAAUUGUAUCCCAGGGUCAAAGAUCUAGUUAAAAUAACACUUCUCGAGGCUGGAGAUCAUAUUCUGAACAUGUUUGAUAAAAGAAUCACAGCUUUUGCUGAAGAAAAAUUUCAAAGAGAUGGUAUUAAUGUGAAAACAGGAUCCAUGGUUGUGAAAGUAACUGAAAAAGAAAUCUUUACCAAAGAAUUGAAAAAUGGAGGGGAAGUUUCGACCAUACCUUAUGGAAUGGCACUCUGGUCAACUGGUGUAGGAACGCGUCCUUUCAUAAAGGAUUUCAUGAGUCAAGUUGGUCAGGCUAAUCGACGGGUGUUAGCAACUGAUGAAUGGCUGCGAGUGGAGGGAUGUGACAAAGUGUAUGCAAUUGGUGAUUGUGCCACAAUAAAUCAGCGCAAAGUCAUGGAAGAUAUCGCUGCCAUAUUCCGAAAGGCGGACAAGGAUAAUUCAGGAACACUCACAGUUGAGGAAUAUAAAGCAGUGAUUAAUGAUAUUUGUGAAAGGUAUCCUCAAGUGCAGGUUUAUUUGAAGAGCAAACAGAUGAAGAAUAUGGUUGAUCUUUUGAAGGAAACACCGGAUGUUUCAAAAGGAUCCGCAGAGCUGAAUAUUGAAGAUUUCAAAACAGCUCUUUCCAAUGUGGAUUCCCAGAUGAAAAAUCUUCCAGCUACAGGCCAGGUUGCUGCUCAACAAGGUGUCUACCUUGCCAAGUGUUUUAACCGAAUGGAAGACUGUGAGAAAAAUCCAGAAGGUCCUCUCAGAUUCCGUGGGGAAGGCCGCCAUCGGUUUCGCCCAUUUAGGUACAAGCAUCUUGGACAAUUUGCUCCUCUGGGUGGAGAGCAAACAGCAGCCCAGCUUCCUGGGGAUUGGGUAUCGAUCGGCCACAGCUCCCAGUGGCUUUGGUAUUCUGUUUAUACAAGCAAACAAGUGAGCUGGCGCAACAGGGCAUUGGUGGUAACAGACUGGGUUAGGCGUUUCAUCUGGGGGAGGGAUUCAAGUCGCAUUUGAGGCACAUUUCAUUUCAAUUCAACUGCCAGAAGCUAUCUUAUCUUAACAAGAGAGUUUGACAAAUAAAGAACAAGUUUUGUUUUCCGGAUUCAAGUGGUUGGUUGAUUGAUGAAUGAGUUUAGGUGAAGAAGAAGCAGCAGAUCCUUGAUGUAGUAGUUGUAUCGGAUUCGUCGACUCACCUCACCAUUGUUUAUUUUUAUUUUUAUAAUCCUCUUUAACUAUACGCAUAUUAUAUUCCUAACCCUUUGCGGCUGUUACUGGAAUGAUUAUGUGUGGGAUUUGAAGGUCCCAAAUUUUGCAGUUAUAUUCCGUCUGAUUUUUGUUCGGUGGGUGGUGAUGUUCUAUUUACUUUUAUUUUUUUUAUUGAAAGGACGCAGAUAUACGUUCCCAAUUGCAAGUUGCAAACUUUGUAAGUGAGAUGAGAUAUUUUGGUCACUUCUUGAAUGUGCGGACGAAAACAGGAGUGCAGGUUUUGAGAUGAAACCGAUCCAGAUUGGAUCGUGCACACCCUACUUUUCCGGAAUUGUUUAAUUCAAAGAAGAAAUUGCUUGAUUCCUUUCGUUCGGAGGCAAACUACAACUUGUAUUUGAGACAUGACAUCCCAUCAAAUUUCCUUGUUUUCUACUAUGAGUGACAGGAAUUGGUUCCAACCGCUUAAAAAUGAACUGAAUAAUGAAAUGAAUUGAAUGGACUACACGUAUGAACAACUGAGAUCCGAUCAGCAGCUGCCACGUGCAAAUCCCCACGUUGCCGAGCCGACAAAUAAUGGACAAGUUUAUGGAAUCCACUAUUUUAUAUGGACACCCAGAAAAGGAGACCGUUGGUAGAACAUGGGCUUGUUAAGCUUUAGGGGGGACAAAGAGGGAGAUGAAUAAUACACUCAUACAGUAAUUAACUUCGUUGGUGAUGUCUAAUCACCUCGAGGAAGUAUUCGUUCAUCCAUAGAUUACAUUCUAGCUUGUUAAACAAAUAAUAAUUUAAAUAACUAAUCACCAUUACUAGAUCCCUAAACUAUUAUUUUUCUCUGCUGCUGCUGCUGCUAACUAU